UCAGGGAUUUUGCAUCCUCCUAGAGCAGAAAGAAAACUCCUACAAGCUGUAACCAGGUCUCUGCUGGACACUGAUAGAAGUCACAAGACUGGUCUAACUGCUGAUCAGAAAAGGUAUUUAGCAGUUUAUAUUUACUAAAAUAAUUGCAUUUCUAUGUUCUGUGUACUGUGGGAGACCAGAUAUAGUGAAUGCACGGUCCUGGGUUUAGUAACACUUUAAACUAAAAUCUAGAUAGAGUGGAGAGGGAUUAG